AUGGCGGCCGGGAGAGUAUCCGGGUGUGUCCUUCGGUCAUUACAGCUCGAGACACGGCCAAUUGGCACAAGAUUCCCCACGCGGCCACCUCACAGCCUUACGAAAACGUCUCUCCAACGACAACGCUUCUCAAAUACCCCGCGACGCUCGAUACAACCAGCGGAACAGCCCGGCUUCCACUCCAUUCUCGACAACCCACCCGAACUCGUCAGAACAGGUCGCAAACAUGGCCCCGGUCUUAUUAUUCUCGCUAUUAUCCCAGUCACCGCAUUCAUCCUCGGCACCUGGCAAGUGAAGCGGCUCGAAUGGAAGACCGACCUGAUCGCCAAAUGCGAGGACCGGCUCGUCCGGCCGCCCCUCCCACUCCCACCACGAGUCGACCCAGACGCCAUCGCCGAGUUUGACUUCCGCCGAGUGUAUGUGACGGGCAAGUUCAGGCACGACCAGGAGAUGCUUGUCGGCCCGCGCAUGCGUGACGGCGAGCAGGGCUACAUGGUGGUGACGCCGCUUGAGCGGGAGGGGGACAAGGGCGCUACGGUGCUGGUUAACCGCGGUUGGGUGUCGAAGAAGCACGCUUCACAACGCUCGCGGCCAAUGGGUCUGCCCACGGGGGAAGUCACGGUGGAGGGUCUGCUAAGAGAGCCGUGGAAGAAGAAUAUGUUUACGCCAGAUAACCGACCGGAUAAGGGAGAGUUUUACUUUCCGGAUGUCAAGCAGAUGGCGGCUUUGACGGGCAGUCAGGCGGUUUGGGUGGAACAGACAAUGGACCCUGAUUACUUCCAAUUCUUGGAGUACCAGGAGCGCGGAAUCCCGAUUGGGCGGCCGGCCGAGGUAAAUCUACGCAACAACCAUGCGCAGUACAUCUUCACCUGGUAUGGCCUUGCGGUGGCAACGUCAAUAAUGUUCUACAUGGUGGUCAGGAAGCCGCCGUCUGAUAUCACCCGAAAGGUUCGCCAUAACACAAAAUGGUAA